GCCGCCGGUCGGCCGUCUCUGGUGCCGGGAGCGCAUGGACUUCGAGGGGGGGCAGCUGCGCCAGGUGGGCGGCUUCGGGCGGCGGUCGCGCUUCCUGGCGGCCGCCUCGGGGCUGCCCAACGCGGGGCUGGCGCUGGGGCUGGCCGCGGGGCUGCUCCUGGCCGCCGUCCCGCCGCACCGCUGCCGCCCGGACCCCGCGCUGCUCCCCGCCGCCCUGCGCAACGCCAGCAGCCCGGAGCUGCGCAACGCCUCGGCGCCGCCGGGCAGCCGCUGCCUACUCUACCGCUAUCCGCGGCCCGGAGGCGGCUCCGGCCCGCCCAACGGCACCGGACCCUGCACCCGCGGCUGGCAGUACGUGCUGCCCGCGGCCGGGCUCCGCUCCACGCUGGUCACACAGUGGGACCUGGUGUGCGCCAAGCAGUGGCAGGUGCCGCUGGAACAGACCACCCACCUCCUGGGAUGGCUGAUGGGCUACGCGGCCCUCGGGGCGUCCUGCGACAGAUUUGGCCGUCGGACCAUCUUCGUUCUUUCCUUGGUGCUGUCCGUCCCGCUGGGCUUCGGCGUGGCGCUGGCAGUGGAUUACCUUAUGCUGGUUGUGCUGCGGAUGCUCUUUGGGGCCGUGCUGGCGGGGGGCUUCCUCUCCCUCUACGUGGCACGCCUGGAGUUGUGUGAUCCCCCCCACCGCCUGACGGUCACGAUGAGCGCCAGCUUCUUCUGGGUUGCUGGGCAGCUGAUCCUGCCAGGCCUGGCCGUGGCCGUUGCAGAGUGGCGGCUGCUCCAGGGGGCCAUCACAUUGGGGCUGGCUCUGCUGACUGCUUGCUGGUGGUCUCCCUCUCUUUUUCCCGAGUCGGCCCGGUGGCUCUUGGCCACACAGCAGCUGCAGAGAGGCAAGCGGGCCCUGCUGGACCUGGCCAGGGGCAACGGAGUCUGGCUGGAAAAUGACUCCACCACAGGGGAGCCCUUCUCGGCAGCUGACUGGCCAGCCAGGCUGCCUCCCCAUUGGGCCUGGGAUCCAGUUCUGCUUUUGUGCCCAGAGACGGACAGCCGGGCAGGAGGCGUCCGUAGAGCAGAAUACCACAGCGUCUGCCGGAUCUUCAGCACACGAGUGGUAUGGAAGAACAGCCUCAUUCUCGGCUUCACUGCGUUCAUUGGGAGCGGCAUCCGCCACUGUUUCGCCCGCAACUUGGCUCCGUACGCGCCCCACUUUUACUUCCCCUAUUUUCUGCUGGCGGGGAGCGAAGCGGUGGCCAUCCUCUUCCUCUGCCUGACUGUGGAUCACUUUGGCCGCCGGGCACUCCUCCUCUUCGGCACCAUCCUCACUGGGGUUUCCUCCCUGCUGCUCCUGGCCCUGAUGCAGUAUUUGAUGGCCUGGCUUGUCUUGGCGCUCUCCAUCCUGGGCAUUCUGGCAUCUCAAGCUGUUGCUACCCUCAGCAUCUUCUUUGCCAGCGAGGUGCUGCCCACCGUGGUCAGGGACAGGGGCCUUGCUGCUCCCCAAUGGGGCUGUUUUGCUUUGCAGAGGGGCUGGGCUGGGCCUCAUCCUGGCUGCACACACACUGGGCCAGGCGGUCACCCCGAUCAUGGACAUCCAGCACAGCCGGGGGUUCUUCUUGCACCACGUGGUGUUUGCCUCCUUCGCCAUCCUCUCGGUGCUCAGUGUGAUGCUCCUCCCGGAGACCAGCCACAGGCCGCUGCCAGACUCCAUGCAGGAGGGGGAGAGCCUGCACCGGCCGCCGCUCUUCCACCCCACCUGCCGUCACUGCCGCCACCAGGACCAGCUGCCACUGCUCUCCACCCACGGGGGGAGCAGCCCCUACGACCCCGAGAGCUAUGCCCACCUGGUCACGGCCACCAAGAAGAUGCUGGGCAGCCAUGGGGGGGGCGCUGGUGCUGGGGGGCAAGGCAGCUCACUGACCCCAGGGACCUAAGGGCAUGGCAGCACCCAGAGGAGAGGGCCCCCGGGCCCCACAGAGGGAACAUUUUCAGCCCCAGGGUCCUCCGGGGACAGGAGGAACUGGGCAGCCUCUGGCCCUCUUUUCUUGGGGAAAGAGUGGUUUGGGAUCACAGGGCCCCCCUUUGUGGAUAUGCAAUAAACCACAUGCUGCCUUUGUAGUUCAUUUUUCCUAGAGAGUUUUAUUGUCAGCUCCCCCCUCGCCAAAUCCUGCCCUCUCCCACCCCCCAGACCUCCAAGCUCUCAUUCUCCUGGCUGCAGCCACAUGAGGAGCUCUGCAGCAUUGGACUGGGGUGGGGGAACACAGCCGGGUUUACCCACAGCCCACCGGAAGCCACUUUUCAGGGCAGGCCUGAUCAGUUCUAUGGGGGGGGGCUGUUGCUCUAGAUAGCGCCCUGGGAGUGGGGCAUCACCAUUUGCCUCCUGCAAGGUUGCCAGUUCUUGCUUCUCC